AUGAGCAUCACCACGUUGGCUGCAACAAGAAAUUAUUUGGGGCAGAAGUAUGGCCGUCUGGGAGAAGAACUUAAGCUCAGCUUCGAAGCUUUUCCUUACACGGGAUUGUCGAAGCCUUAUUGCGUGGAUCAGAACGUGGCCGACUCAGCAUGCAGUGGUACUGCAUAUCUUAGUGGCGUGAAAGCUAACAGUGGAACAGUGGGUCUAAGUGCAGCGGUCAAGAAAGGCGACUGCGAGAGUCAGAAGCGAGGCACCCAUUCCGUUACCGGCCUGGCGGAUUGGGCUCAAAAAGCUGGCAAAAGAACUGGUGUGGUGACUACCACUAGAGUGACCCACGCGACACCUGCGUCUGCAUACGCGCACUCUGCUGAUAGAAAAUGGGAGUCUGACACUAAUCUACCGAAAUACGGCCCCAGGUGUGAAGAUAUAGCGACCCAAUUGGUCAGAGGAAAAGUGGGAAGCAAAAUUAAUGUUGUCUUCGGAGGUGGCAGGAGAAAUCUCUUGCCAAAAACAGAAAGGGACAGCGAAGGUUUCCGAGGGCACAGGAGUGAUGGAAACAAUCUCAUACAAGAGUGGCUGAAUAAGAAGGCAUCCUAUGGUGUACCAGCUAAAUACAUACAAAACAGACUGGAACUGCUCACAUUAGAACCUAUUUACUCAGACGUGUUAGGUCUGUUCUCACCGGACCAUAUGCCUUACCAUCUUGAAGCGGGAGAGGACGAUCCAACUUUGAGCGAAAUGACAGAGAAAGCAAUAGAGAUCUUAUCGAGAGGCAAAAAUGGUUUCUUUUUACUUGUUGAAGGAGGUAGAAUAGACACAGCGCAUCACGAGGCCAAAGCUCGGAAAGCAUUAGACGAAACAGCUGAAUUCGCUAAGGCUGUAGAAGCGGCUUUACAUGCAGUCAAUUCGGAGGAAACACUGAUAGUUGUAACUUCAGACCACAGUCACACCAUGACAUACAGCGGUUACAGCAAACGUGGUACAGAUGUCUUAGGAUUUACUAAUAAGUCAAAUGCAACGGACAGCUUACCGUAUACUAUACUGAGCUACGCAAACGGGCCUGGCUACCAACAAGACAGACAAAACAUACUUUUAGAUGAUUUAAAUAACGCGAAUUAUUCUUAUCCUUCAUUGGUGCCAAUGGUGCGAGAGACCCAUGGCGGAGAAGAUGUCGCUGUGUUUGCCAAUGGGCCGUGGGCUCAUAUAUUUUCUGGGAACUAUGAACAGAAUUACAUACCCCAUGCCAUAGCAUACGCCGCGUGCAUAGGACCGGGAUACACUAGUUGUAAGAUAUGA